AUUCCUACUGGGCUUACAGAGCAUAGUAGCUAUUUUGAACAAUGAUUAACUGAAUAUCUGCAGGUCUGGAUAAUAAAAUAUCUCCUGUAUACAAUACAGUAGCAACUUUUUUUUUCUCAAAAACCCUCUGAAAUUAAUACAUUUUUCGGUUAUAAGGACCAGGCUAAGCUCAAUGAACCAGUUUGCGAUUCCCAGUGAAGGUGCCCAAAUUAUCGUAUUAUGACACUGCUCAUUAUUUCUUUCUGUUUUCCAAGUGAUUCUACCACCAGCUACUGUUCCAAGCUUUCUGGCUGACAUGGAGAAUCGGCAUUAUAGCACACGCUGGCAAGAGAAUGAUUGAAUAAUGGGGCGAAUAUAGCCACACGCUUUUCACUUCAGCCCUGCAACAGUUUGUAUUGCUUCUCGUCGACACUUUGCCGUGCAGGAAGUUCGAGCGGCACAGCCCGACCGCGGGACCGGCGCCCGGGUCGCAAGCAGCGCAGCUGACGGGGUGCCCUGACGGGGUUUGGGGGUGCCCUGACGGGGAAGCCCGCAGCUGACUCUCGCAACGUGUUCCCCGGCGCACACGGCCGACAGCGCCGAGGGGAACCGAAAUCGAAACAAAGCGGGCUCCCGCUCCGUUUUAACACGGCGGCGUGGUGUUCUUGCCCCCCCAAAGCAGUCGGAUUCGCCCUGCGUUACUUAAUCAGUUCAAGCCACAGUUUCUCAGCAAGUUGCUGGGCCUUCUUGACUUCUGAAUGAGGUGCUGCGCCUGUCACUCACUCCAUGAUACCUCCGACGGGCUCCCGCUUUCCUCGGGCCGUGAUUGGAUCCGGCGGGCGCCGGGGGAGGGACCUUCCCGACUCGGGCUGUCAGAUUGGCAAACCGAGGACAGAGCUGGUGUUUGCCUGCAGGUAGACGGGCUACAGCGACAGGAACACUGACACAAUUGAUCAAGACUAAUUUCUUUCAGGACCGUCUCCAGGAGCUGGAUUUAAAAGCCGGACGAGGCAGGGACGCUCUUCAGUGGGGGGUUUCGGCCAGGGAGAAAGCAGAAGCGGUCGCAUGCGACGCCAGGCGCUGGAAAUUCCCGUUUUGUCAGUGACUUGUCUUGGUUCACGGGCUUUUUGCGAAGAACUUCAAAAAGACUGCAGCCUGGGAGCGAAAGCAGCCCUCUUCCAUCACAAAGAAUGAAACCUUUCAAGAGAGCCCCCCAGGACAAGCGCCCCUCUCCGCCCGACCUCUCGGCGGUAUCGGACAGCGACCCGUGCGAGGACGACGGGGACGGCGACGGGUCCCCCCUGGACGCGCAGGCGGGCCCGGGGAAGCGCCGGCGCCGCGGCAACCUGCCGAAGGAGGCAGUGCGGGUGCUGCGCGGCUGGCUGUACGAGCACCGCUUCAACGCCUACCCCUCGGAGCAGGAGAAGCUGAGCCUGUCGGGCCAGACCGGCCUGUCCGUGCUGCAGAUCUGUAACUGGUUCAUCAACGCUCGCAGGAGGCUCCUGCCCGACAUGCUGAGGAAGGACGGCAAAGACCCCAACCAGUUCACCAUCUCCCGCCGCGCGGGCAAAGUCCCGGAGGUGCGCGGGGCAGGGAGAGCCAGCCCCUCGGACAGCAGCCCCUCCCCGCUCCCGGCCCUGCGGCCCUCCGUCAUCCGCCCCGCCCCCGCCCUGGACCUCGCCCUCCUGGGCAGCACGGCCGCCGCCAUCUUGGCGGGCGCCGGCCGCCUGACCCCCGCGCCGGGCUUCCUGAACAGGCCAUCGGCGCAGAGGCUGGUGGACUUUUACAGCCCCGCCCCCCUCCUGGGGAAGACGGGCGAGCCCGCCCCCUCGUCCCCGGCAACCAGGCCGGAUUCCGCCAGCCCCACGGGGGGGCUGUUCAACACCCCGCCCCCCACGCCCCCGGAGCUGUGCCCGCAGGACUUCAGCGACCUGCGCAUGCUGGUGGACGCCGCCCUGCAGCGGGCGGCCGAGCUGGAGAGCCAGCAGAGGGCCCAGACUGGCGAGGGGGCCCCGGGGAGACCCCAGAGCCAGCCCCCCGCGGCUGGGCCGGACACUGCCGCCGCUAGCGCAGGGGGAAGGAGCGCUGCCAACAGCGGCAGACAACAGCGCUCCUCCGGCCCGGACGGCGCUGUCAGGAGGCCGGAAGGGGGCGCCCUGCCCUCUGGGGGGCGCGUGCUGCUGGAGCAGAGCCCGUGGAGCGCUGAGGGCGCCCAGGCCAGGCCGGGGCCACACGCCUCGGCGCCCUGUCUGUGGGGCCCCCAGCACAACCUGCUGGCCGUGAGAGAGGCCGUCAACUAGCGCCGAGUCUGUGCUCCUGCCUCAGUUCUUCUCUCUCCCCGGAGCGAUCCGUUCCUUCUCCUGACCCGUCAUCCUGUUGGGAGAGAAGAUGCGGGCUGGGCAGCCUCUACUGCAUGUCGAGUACUUCCAAAGUAUGCCUUCGCAAUCUUCGAGAUCUUUCUUUUUUUCAAUCCAGGCGUCCGGACAUCUGUGAGUCCCUUGUUACACAUGGUGCGAGCAAACCUGUGCCCAAGAGGAUGGACCUAGAGGACAGUCUUUCUGCAGGUGCUCUGGGCCGACUACGUUAUUAGGGCUUUUUAAAAAAAAAACUAUUGCAGCAUCCGGAAGAUGUCCUGGAUUUCAACACUGUAAAACCGCAUUCCAAGGAUUCUGGCAAGUUUCUGGUUUGAAGGAAGGAAUGUAGAUGUUUUCCUAAUGAAAUGGAGAAACGGCAGUUGGAUGUUCUUUCGUAGUCUUGCCCAGAAUGGAUAUAACUAAAUGUCGUUCUGAUAAGUUUUUUUUUAUUUUAUUUUUAUUUAAUUUCGGGGGGAAUUUGAGGGGAGGUUCUAAAACUAUUCUUGGAUUAUUCCAAUAUCCGUUUUCUCAAAACUAAAGAUGUGAAGGCAGGCAGGAGAUAAUCUGUGAUCGUGAUACCGUGAAGCUCAAAUAAGGCCUGUUGGAGUCUGAGGGAAAUGCUGAUGUUCUGUUUAUGUUAGUGCUACCAGCCCAGUUUUAACCUGAUCACGACCAGCACUGGACUUGUGUGGGAUUGCAUUAAAACUAAAGGGUCCUGCUGUUUGAUAGGUCCUGCUGUCUCCCUGUUAAAGCUGAAUCUUAGCACCAUGAAUGUCCUUGGGAACAAACAUGCCCCUUUUUAAGAAACCAUCUCCUCUGCAUAUUGCUGCACAGUGGGCAGAUUGAUCGUGUUCUCUGUCCUGUUUGUCCAAGAGGCUGCUGAGACGGUCGUCUGCUCAGGUUUAAAAGUAAAGCCUCUUCAAGUCUCUUUUGUUAUCUUGUAGAAGAACAGGACUCUGUCCCUCUACUGUAAAACUGUGAAGUUCCCUCAACAGUAAGAAUUUAAUGUAAGUGUGUUGCUGGUGACAAACUGUUGAAAACCACGCUCACUCAUAAAAAUCAACCACACCAGGCUUUUGUACUUUACUUUCUCAGUUCCUUCGCACUGCUUAGAGUGAAUCUUGUAUUCGUGCCUCUUCAGGUGACUGUAGUUUCCAUUGAAA